GAUUGAUUUUGAUCAAAUACAUGGUAAUGUUAUGGAUGCAAUGGCAGAAGCUAUUGAACAAUCAAAUACAGUUCUAAUUUGUAUGAGUGAAGAAUAUCGAAGAAGUAGUUAUUGUCGAGCAGAAGCAAAUUAUGCGUUUCAACGUCAAACUAGAAUUGUUCCUGUUCUUUUACAACAACACUAUAGACCUGAUGGUUGGUUAUUAUUUCUUGUUGGUCAAUUACUUUAUAUAGAUUUUACCAAAUAUGAGUUUUCACAAGCGAUCAAUAUGUUAAUCAAAGAGUUGAAAGCUCCAGUCAUCAGUGGUAUAUGUUCUGUAAAUUUUCAUCCGGAAGAAGUUAAUACCAUCAUUCUUACUACACCUACAUCACCAGAAACAUCCUCUGCGUUGAUAAUUCCGAAAAAUAUACUUGAUUGGAAUCAAACACAUGUGCAUGAUUGGUUAAUUAGUCAUGGUUUAUUGCAAAUGUCUCGUUUAUUUGCUAAUUUUAAUGGUCGAAGUUUGAUGUAUAUGAGUGAAGCCAUAGAAAAUGUUGAGUUUCAACAAGUUGUAUCUCUAUUACAAGAUGACUCUCGUCGACAAACAAGUCAAAGUUUAUCAUUAGUUGAAUUAUCUCAUUUUCGAUCUCUAUUGUAUCAACAAAAACAAUCUUCGGUAUCGACCAUCGUUGCCGAACCUACAAAACUGAAAGUUGAGGAAUUAGAAAGAAAAUCUUUUUUUUAUUGUCAAAUAGUUUAA